AGGAGCUUCCUCAUCGCCUUGGCACGUUUGUAUCUAAAACGUUGUAGAUACUUGUGACAGGUUCAGAUGGAUGGCAGACACAAUGGCUCACACUAUGAACGUAGCCCCAAUAUAGUCGGUGGCUCGGUACUAGUAGACUGAAUCUUCGGGUCAGCUUGUGGGGUUUGUUAGUCUACUGGUCGGAUCCGCCUGCUUGCUUGCUAGCCGCUGACUAUGUAGCCAUCCAGCUGGCGGGCCAUGUUCGUUUCGUUUGUCUGUUGCACGGCAUGUUGUGUUGUGGCUUAUUCUUCGUUGUCGACAACGACGGCGUCGGCGAAAACUUAAUGACAUCAGACCCGCAAGUUACUUAGUUAGUCGACGGCGGGUUUUUAUCGAAUGAAGUAAUGCCUUCAGUAGAUACUUUCGCGGUUCGCGUUGCGAGUAAAAUUAGUUCACCAGAACUUCACGGUGGCUUAGGGAAAUAGGAGCGUGUCAUGUAUACCUUGAUUCUAUGAAUCUAGAACUAGUGAAGUAUCUUCAUUUUGUUUCCGGCGUUGUCGUUACGGCUAUUUUGCUAGAUAAGUGGUUUUAAGACGGUUUAGGUAUUGAGUCAGCUUCCUCGGUACUUCGGUGCAGUUUAGUACUAGUCCGAGGGUUCGUGGUGGUCUUUUUUGUGUACGCGUGCUUGCUUUUUAGCCAUUUACUCUCGCGCGAAAUCAAGUUGCUGCGCUAUUUUAUCUCGCGUAACUUCGCGUUCCAUUCAUUAACACACACAUUCGGGCUGGAAUCUUGAGUUUUUUUCGGAUAUAAACAUACUUUCUGGUUUUCAUUACUCAAUUUUGGAUAUGCAUGCACAUUUAUCCGCUCCCGGAGUCUUACCUGUUUGCGUUAGCAUCUGAUAAUCGCUCGCUUUUGUAGGACGGUUAGUGAUAGUUGUAUCCGAUAGCACCGCAAAGAGGGUGCGAUAUAAUCCACAGUGCCAUCAAAUUUGAUAAUAAUUGUAAUUGUUUUUAGUCCUAUUGUGGGGAGUGCUUAAUCGAGUGAAAGUAAGCAACGGUGAUCGUGCAAGUUUGCCGGUUGACAUGUGAAAAGUUUGAGAUGCGAAUUCAAGUGAGACAAUUUUGACUCGUUCCCAAACCAGCUUGUUUUCUACUUCACUCCACCUGUGGCUGCAGCUUUAUGAGAAUUCCACUGAAUCGGGGGUUGCUAAUCCACCCCUAAAAGGAGCCAUCUGGCGUGUACCUAUUCUCAUGGGUUACAUUUGGACAAAUCGCUGGGCUCCAUCAAUUGAUCUAAAACGGAGAGCUCCGCCACUAAAACCUCGACCGCCCGGAUUUAAGUUGCCUAAUCCCGUCAGCUCUAAUAUCUACUGAAACGGUAUCCUGUCAACCUAAAACUACUUAUAACAUUCCAAUACUGAAAUAUCUACCUGACAUCAAAUUUAAAGCAAGAAAUCACUUUAUUCAUAAUUUGAAAUCUUUUAAACUCUUUAUCAAAUCCAGAACGAAGUAAAGGAAAAUAUCUGAUUCCUAUGAAAUAUCAAAACAAAGAAUAUCAAAUUAUAAAGUGCUUAAUUAGUCAAUUCAAAUCGUUGGAAUUUAUUAUCGGAUAAGUAUCUUUUUUACGGAAAAUAAAGUUUACACAUAGGCAUAGCAUAGUAGCGAUAAAUUCUUGCAAAUUUACAAAGUAAAAGAUAAAGAUAAAAUCGAAGAUACAGCCAAAGUUGUGGCCUAAGUGAUUACUAAUAUUCAACAAAUAGAGUAUUCGUUACGAAGCAUUUUCCUUUUAAAUGAAUUUAAUUAACGCAAAUGUUAACAAAUAGCGAAUAAGACGCGCUGAGAAGGACCAAACGCGGACCUAUAAAAUUUAUCUAAAGUGAAAAAAGUGUGUCUUAAACAAGUGCCCUUAAAAAUAAAUUUAUUAUUUUUUUUUUCGCCACUAUAAAACGGAUAAGAUAUCGAAAAAUAAAAUACAAUAAAUUCACUACAAUCUAAAUAAUUUAACCAAUCAUCACCAUUGUUACAACGGGACAUACGUCAUCGCAAAUUACGCUUAUUACUAUUGUUGUUGUUAAAUCUCAUCAUGGGAAGAAAAACAAGUCCACAGCAAGAAACACAGAAUGAACGCAGAAUACGAGCAAACGAUAGAGAGUUCAAUGCACAGUUCAAAUAUGCUAAUAAUUACAUUAAAACGUCCAAAUAUUCGUUAUUAACAUUUCUACCAUUGAAUCUACUGGAACAAUUUCAACGUCUUGCCAAUUUCUACUUUCUAUGUUUAUUGGUAUUACAACUCAUACCAGCAAUUUCAUCGUUAACGCCAAUAACAACGGCUAUACCUCUAAUUGGUGUAUUGGCAUUGACGGCAGUAAAGGACGCAUACGAUGAUAUUCAACGUCAUGUGUCCGAUUCUCAAGUGAAUAAUAGAAAAUCAAAAACUUUUCGAAAUGGAAAACUAGUUAAUGAAAAAUGGUCAGGUGUACAGGUCGGUGACGUUAUUCGUAUGGAUAAUAAUCAAUUUGUUGCUGCCGACAUUUUACUACUAUCAACAAGUGAACCAAAUGGUCUAUGUUUCAUCGAAACGGCCGAGCUAGAUGGUGAGACGAAUUUAAAAUGUAAACAAUGUUUGCCGGAAACUGCUGAGAUGGGUCAACGAGAUGAUUUACUGUGGAAAUUCAACGGUGAAAUUAUUUGUGAACGACCGAAUAAUUUAUUAAAUAAAUUUGAAGGAACUCUUAUAUGGAAUGGGGCACGAUUCUCGUUGGACAACGAUAAAAUUCUGUUACGUGGAUGCAUUCUACGAAAUACACAAUGGUGCUAUGGUGUUGUUAUAUUUGCUGGAAAAGAUACAAAACUAAUGCAAAACUCGGGGAAAACGCAAUUUAAAAGUACUAGUAUUGAUAGGUUAUUAAACUUUAUUAUAAUUGGGAUAGUAUUUUUUCUGUUAUCCGUAUGUGCGUUUUGUACUCUGGCGUGUGCGAUCUGGGAAGGUCUAGUUGGACAAUAUUUUCAGGCCUAUUUGCCAUGGGAAAGUAUAAUUCCAAAUGGCACAAUACUAGGACCUACUGUAAUCGGUUUUCUAGUAUUUUUUUCCUAUGCUAUCGUUUUAAAUACAGUUGUGCCAAUAUCUCUCUACGUUUCAGUAGAGGUCAUACGAUUCGCCCAAUCAUUUCUCAUAAAUUGGGAUGAUAAAAUGUACUACGAAAAGACUAAAACGCAUGCUAAGGCACGUACUACCACUCUAAAUGAGGAAUUGGGACAAAUACAAUAUAUAUUUUCGGAUAAAACUGGUACAUUAACACAAAAUAUAAUGACAUUUAAUAAGUGUAGUAUAAAUGGGCGGGCGUAUGGUGAUGUUAUUGAUUUACGAACGGGUGAAGUUGUGGAGAUAACAGACCAAAGAAAAACCAACAGAAAUGUAACAUCGCCAAUUGUUAGACAUAGUAUAUCUGACGAACGGAUCACAGCGACUUCUCCUACUACUACUGCUACUACCACUACUUCUCCUACUACUACUGUUAAUACUACUCCCACUACUGCUACUAAUAAUAGUACAACUCCUACACCAAAAACAACAAUCGUAGUGUCCUCGUGCUCGGGCAAUAAUAAAAAACGUGUAACUUAUGAAGAACACAUUUUAAAUCUUCAUCAUCAACAUUGCAAAUCGCAACAUAUAAACAAUCCUGUAUUGAGGAAGAAAUCGAUUCAGAAUCAAAAUCAAAACCAAAAAUCAAAUUCGAAUUUGAAACAAAAUCAAUUUCAGAAUCAUACCAACACUUUUAGUUGCUUUUCUGCAAACACUAUUCCAGCAACAACACCAACAGCUCUGAUAAGCGACAGCAAGAACAACCACAAAAAGAACAACAUCACCACCUCCACCAUUACCAACUCAUACACAACAAAAUUGUCGAAUGGAAAUCAGCAACAGCAAGAAGUGCACGCGACUGAACCUGUUGAUUUCUCGUUUAAUCCAGAGUAUGAGCCAGAAUUUCGAUGGUACGAUCAAACAUUACUGGACGCUGUGAAAUCGGAUCAAGAACAUGCACACAAUUUUUUUCGUUUGUUAUCGUUAUGUCAUACAGUGAUGCCAGAAUAUUCAAAUGGAAGGUUAGAAUAUCAAGCGCAAAGUCCUGAUGAAUCUGCGCUGGUAUCAGCUGCAAGAAACUUCGGUUUCGUAUUCAAAUCACGUACACCAAAUAGUAUUACAAUAGAUGUUAUGGGUCGCACAGAGGAAUAUGAACUACUUAGCAUUUUAGAUUUUAAUAAUGUACGAAAGCGAAUGUCAGUAAUUCUAAAGCGGAAUAAUAAAAUUAUUCUGUAUUGUAAGGGAGCGGAUAACGUAAUCUAUGAUAGAUUAAGUUCUAGUCAACAUGAUCUUAAAGCUCGAACACAGGAACACUUAAACAAAUUUGCCGGAGAAGGUUUACGAACUCUAGUCUUAGCUGAGCGUCAUCUCGAUGAAGAAUUCUUUCUUGCGUGGCGUGAAAAACAACAGGAAGCCGCCUUAUCGGUCAAUGGCCGUGAAGAUAAACUUGGUGCUAUCUAUGAAGAAAUCGAAUGUAAUAUGCAAUUAGUAGGUGUAACAGCAAUUGAGGAUAAACUACAGGAUGGUGUACCGCAAACGAUUGCUAGUUUACAGACAGCUGGUAUUAAAAUAUGGGUGCUAACAGGUGAUAAGCAAGAAACAGCAAUAAAUAUAGGAUAUUCGUGCCAGUUACUUACUGACGAUUUAGCCGAUGUAUUUGUUGUAGAUGGGAGUACAUUUGAAGAGGUUGAAAAGCAGCUGCGGAAAUUUAAGGAAUCUAUUAAGAUUAUAAAUACAUUUCAUCCUAUAAGUAAAGAUCACAAUACAACGACGUCAAAUGGGGCCAAUUUAGGAUCAUCGACACCCGUGCAAACUGGUCGAAAUCAUCCAGCACCGCCAGCUAUAUCUGUAGUAACAUUUAGGUGGGACUCGAUUAAACAAAAUAAGGGCGAACCAGACAGUGCGGAAUGCAAUCAGUUGUUCGAGGGAUCAGAGAAGAACAGCAAGGAUAAUUCACAUUCGAAUGAUUUAGAAGAUAAUUCAGGUUUCGCGAUAGUAAUAAAUGGACAUUCCUUAGUUUAUUGUUUAACGCCUGAAUUGGAAAAUCGAUUUUUAGAUAUUGCUUCACAAUGCAAAGCAGUGAUAUGUUGUAGAGUAACACCACUUCAAAAGGCUUUAGUUGUAGAAUUAAUAAAACGUGCCAAGAGUGCGGUGACAUUAGCAAUAGGUGAUGGAGCAAACGAUGUUUCUAUGAUAAAAGCUGCACAUAUCGGAGUCGGAAUUUCAGGACAAGAAGGAAUGCAAGCCGUCCUAGCUAGCGAUUAUUCGAUAGCACAAUUUCGAUAUCUCGAACGAUUGCUUCUAGUUCAUGGACGAUGGUCAUAUUAUCGAAUGUGUAAAUUUCUGCGAUAUUUCUUUUAUAAAAAUUUUGCCUUUACACUAUGCCAUUUUUGGUUUGCCUUUUUCUGCGGUUUCAGCGCCCAGACUGUAUUCGAUGAGAUGUUUAUAUCUGUUUAUAAUUUAUUUUAUACAUCGUUACCAGUGCUUGCGCUUGGCAUAUUUGAGCAAGAUGUUUCUGAUAAACAUAGUUUAGAAUAUCCGAAGUUAUAUACGCCUGGGUUAACCAAUGCCCUGUUUAAUACGCAAGAAUUUAUUCGUAGUGUAUUGCAUGGAAUAUUUAGUUCGAUGGUAUUGUUUUUGAUACCAUAUGGAACCUACAAAGAUGGAGUCUCUCCGGAUGGAUAUAUGUUAAGUGAUCACAUGACAUUAGGAUCAGUUGUGGCGACUAUACUUAUAUUGGAUAACACUGCCCAAAUUGCCCUCGAUACAUCGUAUUGGACAAUAUUCAAUCACAUUAUGAUUUGGGGAAGUUUGCUGUGGUAUUUUUUUCUAGAUUAUUUUUAUAAUUACGUAAUUGGCGGCCCGUAUGUUGGUUCAUUGACGCAAGCUAUGAAGGAAGCAACAUUUUGGUUCACAACCGUCAUAACUGUAAUUGUUCUGAUGGUACCAGUAUUAGCAUCAAGAUUCUACUUCUUCGAUGUGAAACCAAGCCUUUCGGACAAGAUCCGUCUGAAACAGCGAGCAGCACAAAUUCGUUCACGACAAAGUACCGAUGUUCUCCGAACACCGUCCGCUCGCCGAGCACGACGCUCGCUACGAUCCGGCUAUGCUUUUGCACAUCAAGAAGGUUUCGGUCGACUGAUAACAUCGGGAAAAAUUAUGCGAAAGUUACCGCAAGAAUUUGCAUUUCCACUGGGUUUGGGUAGUAAAAAUAAGCAACAUCACACCCCCGUGGAGCCGUCAUAUAAAAGUAAUUAUCAUCAGAAUUCAACGGUACCAAUGCCAGGCAGUUCGAAUGGUGGUGAUAUAAGUCCUCGUGCGCCUUGUCAAGAUUUAGAUACGAUUAAUUUGUGAAAGUAAUAUUAGAGAAAAAAGAUAAAAUUAAAGAAAAAACAAAGAUAAUAAUAAUAAAAAUGCAUAGAAAGCAUAUUUCUGCCUUUCCUCGAGAUGGUUUUGUUCUCUUCGAUUCUUAUUUAUUUCUCAUUAAUGUUUUGACGGAUAUUGUUUUCGUUUUACGGACUUCGCGCUUCGGAUUGUUUUUCAAUCCUUUUUAUCGGCCCAAUGUUUUCCUCAUCAAAUCAAAUAUUUGAAUUUAUUUAAGCUUUCACAGGGUCAGCUUUUUUUAACUCCUCACGCGGCUUAUCUUGAAUUAGUUUCUAUAACAACCCCAGGCUGACUAGCGACCAUUCCGCAACCAACAAGUCUUCGAUUCGAAGCGCAUUCCGUAAAACGAACUGUAUUGAAACGAAAAACCUACAACUUCAUAGUUUUUAAGUUAAUUUAUGUAGACUUUAAACAGAAGUAAACUAAGACAAACACAGAACAAUUUAUUUGUCGAACAAUGUGAUUUAAUUUAAGUAUUUUCUAACGUAGCCCACGAUUAUUUGUUGUAAUUUAUGCUAUCUCGUACGCAAGAACAGGAUUUUCCAAUAAUUUUAUACUACACGGGCUUGCCUUCCUCCCUCUACCAUUUCACUGUCCCUUUUCCUAUCAAUUGCUACGUAGAGAGCCUGCCCCAACGCUUACUCUUCAACCUGGAGGCCAACCUGUAAACUUGAAUAAAUCAGACGACAAAUAGCAAACAACCAAACGAACAUACAAUUGAAAUCGAACCAGAACACUGUUAUUUUCCCGCUAAGUUUACUUAGCUACGUAGAAUGUUCCUUUACUUUCGGAAAAACGCAAACAAAAAAAAAAAAUAAUAAAUCAUGAAGUGAAUGCCGAGUAUUUAGCUUUAAUCCGUCGGAAGUCCUGGCGAAACAUGAAUAGAUGUGAAUGUGAAAGAAACUCUCGAAUAAUGUUCUAUUGAUGAUUAGAUGAUUUAUUUUUUAUACACAAAGCACUCGUACGAUACAUAGAGGCAAAAUAAAUGAAAAAUUCAAUGAACUAAUGCAACACGCAAGUGAAUUUCGCAAAUGGAAAUAAUAGGAUGGUAGAUCAUACAAGAAAACUAUGGAAACCAAAUCAAAUUUUAGAAAUAUAUAUACAUAUAUAUGAAAAUAAUAAGAAAAAAAUAAAAUAUUUUAAAACGUUA